AUGCCUGCGAGCUCCUCACUCCGAUGCUCGACCUCGAGGAUUUCAGAUCUUGAGUACCCUUCGGAGCCCGAAGUCGAUCCGUUGUCAUCGCAGGCCGCGGCUGAAGAAUCGCGACCGUACCGCAAGUUCCAUAUUUCCGUCAAACGCUCCUACCGAUCGUUUUUUCUUAUCGCGGAUGAUCCAACGCGGAUGGAUCAUGCGCCGCGAAGCGGUUUCGCGUUCGGAGUGACCAGCGGUCGGUUUAUCGGGGACUUUUACGGUGAUGAAUGUGAAAAUACAGAUCAGUGUAGCGAGGAACGGUUGAACCGAUGCUUUCGAAUCCCACGAUUCUUUGAGAAGCCCAAACAAAGUUCACCGUAAGUGUCUGGAGCGUAAUCGUGCGUGUGUGUUGACAAGUGUUUUCUGGCAAGCGCGUAUUCAUCGGUCGGAAUAACGUGCCCGUAGUUCAAUAAACUUGGAAAAUGUUCGAGUGACGGGAAUCGGGGGAACUUUUUGGAAGCGGGGAAGAAAGACGGAAAGUCACGCGGCCCAAGCAGGUCCGAAUUUUAUCGUCCUCGAGAUGAUGACCUUGAUGACAGACGUCGGUCAGUAUCCCUACGAGGCGGGGAGCAGGUCCUCGUACGAAAGUUAUCACCAUCAUCGACAUCAUCAUCACUUCUACGCGACAACUUCCGACGCCGAUUACCUCCAACGAUACUCCAACGAUCGGGACGAUCAUCCGAGGGCCACAAGCGCCGAUGGGAGCUUGGCUUCGGCUGAAAGCAACGGCUCUGGACGUUGCUAUCAUCGAGAUCCUCUACGAUCGCAAUCCCGGUACACCCCAGACUCCGACGACGCGUCCUCGGUCAUUUCUGCGGAUGCGUCCGCGGAUUUGGAGUCGCCAUCGGCUGACGGCGAGGAGGCGGGGGAGGGAGAAGCCGUCGAGCACGUGCCGCACCCCCACGUCCUGGACGCCGGAAGUCCCCACGGACCGCGAAGGUGUCUCUUGUGGGCGUGCAAGGCGUGCAAGAAGAAGACGGUGACGGUCGACCGAAGGAAAGCGGCGACGCUAAGGGAGCGAAGACGUCUGCGGAAGGUGAACGAAGCCUUCGAGGCUUUGAAACGACGGACGAGCAACAACCCGAACCAGCGUCUGCCGAAGGUCGAGAUUCUCAGAAACGCCAUCGAGUACAUCGAGAGCCUCGAAGCCCUUCUUCAAGGCAGCAUCACUCCCGGCUCCCAGGAUCAUCCUUCCGUCGAGAACAUGAACGGAGAAUCACCGCAGUACGUCACCGACAGGCUGCAUCAGUUCUCGGAUCCCUUAGCGAGGUUUCAACCAAUCAAUGGAUACGAACAGACGGAAAAUACCCCAACCCAAAAUGCCGGCAGCAGUCUCGACUGCCUGAGCAUGAUCGUGCAGAGCAUCAGCGGUGCGCCGUCUUCACCGAUCGAAAAUCAUCACCCGAUUCAUAAUUAGAAGUUAGAUCUUUUGUUAACCCGAGUGUAAGAGCGGGAGAGAAUGGGAGAGAGAAAGAGAGAGAGAGAAAGAGCGAGCGUGUGUUUCGGAGGCGUAGAACCCGAUCCGCCAACUGUUUGAAAUUCAGAUUUCAUUCAUAAAAUUGCUCGAGUAUAAUAAUUGUUAGAGAAAUAUUUUUUCAUCAAUUUCGAGUUUAUUGCUGCAACUGAUUAACCAAGUUUGAAAUUUAAUCAAGUGCGAUAGUCCCCGGUUAAGCAGAGUUUCAAAUCGAAUGAGACUCGCGUAUUCCUGCAUGAAUUGCCGCGUUCAUAAAAAAAAAUAUAUAUAUAGGCAGCAAUAAAAUCCCAACCGGCUAGUUUAAUCUAACCAAAGUCUCUAAAUCAGGCUGCGAAUAGUCGAGUAAUAAUCGCAGAACCUGAUUAAUCGUAUACAUGUGUAAGCAAACGGUGUAAAUGUUUAGGUAUAUGUUUAUAUCCACUAUUGCAUAUAACCGGACCAAAGAUACCCGACUGUUGUACGACUGUGUAAUUUAAACGUUCAACAAUCGAGCUUGACGAAAAUAUUUAAAUACCGAAUACUGGCACCGGCACAUAAGAAAAUCGUUGUAAAAAUAAUCAGAACGGACUAUACGCGACGGCUUCGACGAUAGAUUGAUCAAAGCAAAUUGACGAAACGAAAAUCGUGGACGUUAUACGUAUAAUGGGGCUUACGAAUAGAAACGGUAAACUUUUCAAGAGAUUGAAAACAAACUUUGAUCCGACGUCUGCAACGUUGCCAUAAUUGUUCGCGUGUGUAUAUUUGUGACAUUCAAGUCACGAUCCGAAGGGACAUUCAACUUUCGAAUUAUUCAAAAUACGUGUUAUCGUUACCGUCGAACUUACGGGAAUUCAGAGUCUCGUAGAUUUUCUAUUAAUUAAAUUAAACGUGAUACAAAGACUUGAUAACGUUUGGCACGUUCAAAACGACACGUGGACCGUACUCUAGAUUCUCGUUUAAUUUUCUAAGCCCCGUCAAUUGCCUUUUAACGACGUAGCGAAACUCGUCGAAUUAACGCCAUAAAAAUCUCAAUUAAGUGCCUGAGAACCAAUUUGCAGCUACAAUACGAGGCGACGAUUGGUUAUAUUUCUAUUAAAAAUAACAAAAAAUAAAAAAAAAAAAAAAAAAUGCCUCAACUACGUACUCACUAACAAAUAUAUAUUAAUAAUA